GGCGGCUCUCUCUCUGAUUGGCCACGGGCGUUUCUCCGAGCCCAUGCUUCCUGGUCGCCUGCAAAUGGAGAAAUAAACUUGCUUUUAAAUCUUAAGCUACGGUGGGAAACCCUGGCUUGACUGGGGCUGGGGGGUCGGUCAACAUGCCACUCAGGAGCGGCCGCGGUGUUGUUUUGCUCGUCGCAUUCAGUUUUAUUGUAACAGCUCAAUGCAAAUUUCCUACACUUGACCACCUGAAACCGACAGCCAGCGACAAAACCCAGGGGAGAGCGGUGGUCUCUCUUCUGAAACGCCUGCUGGGGAACAGAUCCACGGAGUUUAUAGUGUCAGUCAAAAGGAGCCUCUCCAACGACAGCCUGGAUGUGUGUGAGCUCCGGUCCACCAAAAACAACAAGAUAGUCGCCACAGGCAGCACGGGGGUUGCUGUGGCAUCCGGCAUUUAUAACUAUCUUAAAUAUUUCUGCAACUGCCAUGUUUCUUGGUUUGGUGACCAGCUGAAUCUGCCCCGUCCUUUGCCUCGGCUCAGCGGCGUCCUGCGCAUCAACAGCCAGCACCGAUUCCGGUAUUAUCAGAACGUAUGCACUGUUAGCUAUUCCUCUGUGUGGUGGGACUGGCCACGAUGGGAGAGAGAGAUCGACUGGAUGGCACUCAACGGCAUAAAUCUGCCUUUGGCCUUCACUGGCCAAGAGUUCCUUUGGCAAGAGGUUUACCGCACUCUUGGUUUGAACCAGUCGGAGAUUGAGGAGUUCUUCUCUGGUCCUGCUUUUCUUGCCUGGAACCGCAUGGGAAACAUGGUCAAGUUUGGCGGACCUCUACCACAGUCCUGGCAUGCAAAGCAGCUCUACCUUCAGUUUAAAAUCCUGGGGCGAAUGAGAUCCUUUGGCAUGAUUCCUGUCUUGCCAGCCUUCUCCGGGAAUAUUCCCAAGGGAAUACUCAGGUUGUAUCCAAAAGCGAAUGUGACGAGACUGGGGCCUUGGUCUCAUUUCAACUGCAGCUACUCAUGCUCCUACAUCUUAGACCCCCGUGACCCUCUUUUCCUUCAGAUCGGUUCCCUCUUUCUGUCCCAGGUGGUGAAGCAGUUCGGGACAGAUCACAUCUACAAUACAGACACCUUUAACGAGAUGAUCCCUCCAUCCUCUGACCCCACCUAUCUGUCUGCAGUUAGUAGCUCUGUGUUUGCCUCCAUGACCGCAGUUGACCCUCAGGCAAUUUGGCUUAUGCAAGGCUGGCUGUUCUUUAGUGCUGCAACAUUCUGGAGACCAGCCCAGAUUAAAGCCCUUCUGCAUGGAGUGCCCCUUGGCCGUAUGAUUGUGCUGGACUUGUUUGCAGAGACCGAGCCAAUUUUCUCCUACACUGAAUCCUUCUAUGGACAGCCUUUCAUCUGGUGUAUGCUCAACAACUUUGGUGGCAACAGUGGUUUCUUUGGCACAGUGGAGAGCAUCAACUCAGGGCCAUUCAAAGCCCUGAAAUUCCCCAACUCUACAAUGGUCGGCGUAGGCAUGACGCCUGAGGGUAUUGAGCAGAAUCCUGUUGUGUAUGAAUUGAUGAGCGAACUGGCUUGGCGUAAAGAGCCGGUCAACUUGGCAAAGUGGGUGUCGCUGUAUGCCAUGCGGCGCUAUGGCAGUACGCAUGAGAACUUGCCUGCUGCAUGGAGGCUUCUGUUCGCAAGUGUCUACAACUGCACUGUGUCGCAUUACCGUAACCACAACCACAGCCCGCUGGUGCGUCGGCCUUCCUUUCACAUGAAUACUGACCUCUGGUAUGACCCAGCUGCCUUGUACAAGGCAUGGAAACUAAUUAUUGAUGUGGCCCCAUCUCUGAUGUCUAAGGAGACGUUCCGAUGUGAUGUUGUGGAUGUGACACGACAGGUCUUACAAGUGCUUACAUCAACGUUUUACCUUGAUAUCUUAAAGGCCUUUCAUAGCCAAAAAAUGUCAGAUCUACUAACUGCAGGUGGUGUUCUGGUUUAUGACCUUUUACCUGAGCUCAACCGUUUGUUGUCUAGUGACGGUAACUUUCUUCUUGGCACAUGGCUGGAGCGGGCACGAUCCUUAGGCCUAGAUGAGAAGGAGAAACAGCUCUAUGAUGUGAAUGCCAGAAACCAGAUCACUUUAUGGGGUCCCAGUGGUGAGAUCCUGGACUAUGCCAACAAACAAUGGGGAGGCCUGAUGGAGGACUACUAUGCCCAGCGCUGGGGCCUGUUUGUCAGUACCUUGGUGGAGUGCCUGGACCGUGGACAACCUUUUAAGCAGGAUGCCUUCAACCAGGCCGUCUUUCAGAUAGAAAAGGGCUUUGUUUACAACGGCCGAAAGUACCCGACCAAACCUCAGGGAGACACUUUUGAAAUUGCCCACAGGAUCUUCCUGAAGUACUACCCACAAGCCUUGAAGAGACUAUAGUUAGUGGAAAUUCCUUUUGUGGAGAGACUCAGCUCACAGCAAGAAGAAUGUCUCCCUCUGCCUCAUUUGUUCAAUGCCCAUCCCAAAACAUUUUGCAGUAGAAAACAGUAACAACCUAAAUUCACAGGGAAAAAAAUCUGGUUUUGCAUAUAUAGUAAAAUCAGUUGUGGAUAUUUUGCACAAUCCAGAGAAGAGGUUUAAAUUUGCAGUUAUCAAAUAGUCAGUCUACAUGAAAGAGAAGGGAAAUUAGGAGAUGAAGACAUGUUAACAGUUUAUUGUAGAUGACUAUAUGAAGGUGAUCCAUAGUAGUGUAGUUGUGAACCAGUUUGCUCUCUGGCUUUUCAUGCCAUGUGUGUGCAUAUGAUUUUACUGUUUUUGGGAUCAAUCUUGAAUUCGUGGUUCCACCCUAUGGAACCACAGAUAGCAACAGGGCAUCAAAAUGUGUUGCAUUUUAGCAUCAAAGGAACUUGUAUUCAUUAAUGACACUGCAUUAUUUAAACUCAUGGGAUGAUGGGAACAUUCCUAUUGAUAGGAUAUUAAAUUAAAAUCUUGUGCCUUAUUUUAUACUACAGAGACUUUGGGCUGUCUUCUUAGGUGUUGCCUAAAGUAGCAUCAGUACGAGUAGGCUAUAUGUAGUUACCAAAUAAGAAUGGGAUGGGGGAUCUUAUCGUCAUGAAAACGAACCAUAUUACACAAUCUGUUUGAUAUAUUUGCAGCAUUUGUUUAAUGCUGACUAACUGUUCUGAUUAAUUGGUGUACAGUGUGCCUCAGCAUACUACUUUAUAUCCCAUGAUAUCCCUUCAGGAAUUUUUUUUUUUUUUACUAUAUAAUAUAUUUUUAUAUGACAAGCUUGGAUAUAAAUUUGAGAUAUCUCUCACACACAUAAGUUUGUGAAAAAUUUUAUUGAAAAUCACAUUCAUUUAACUUUAGAAUACUAAUAUGUAGAUGAUGUGUUUUUAUAUUUUUCUUGUUUUCCACCCUUGGAUGUGUUGAUCGAAUUUACUCUCAAAUAUAAAUCAUUUCCUACA